AUGUCCUCUUCAUCCUCGAUCAUUAUUUCCUCUCUCCAAUCAACUCCAUCCAUGUCACCACCACCACCAUCCUCUCAUUCACCACUAACAAGUCUCCAACAAGAAUCAUCAUCAUCAUUGAAUGAUCAUCCAUCAACCUUGAUCCAUCAUCAACAGUCAGAGGAAUUACCACAACUGUCGUCAUCUGUAGAGAUUCAUGUUAACAAGAACAAUAACAACAACAACUUGACAGCUACUGCCACUACCACCCCAACUGCUGCCACUACCACUGCUGCUACCACCACUCCUACCACCACUACCACCACAGAUGAUGCUCGUCAUUUAACUUUAACUCCCAGUAGUGAUGACCUUGUGGAACAUGUCGUUGAAUCGACUUUGACAACAUCUCAAGAACAAUUACAACAACGCGCCAAAUUACUCUCCAAACGUAAACACGUCAUUCAAGAAAUAUUUCAUACGGAACGUGAAUAUGUGAAUGCGUUAGAAACUCUCAAUUCUGUUUUUAUUCAACCCAUCAAACAACAACAAUUACUCAAAGAAGAAGACACGAAUGAAUUAUUCAAAGAUAUUCAAAUCAUACUAGCAGUGAAUAAGGAAGUACUCUCUUUCAUUCAAAUCUAUAUUCAAUAUAUGGAAGAUCAUGAUUACAAUGAUGAGCGAGAUCCUUCGUUGAGUACCAUUCAAGAUCAAAAGAAGAGAAAUGCCAUGAUAUUAGCAAAGAAACAAUCACCAACACUAGGAGAUAUAUUUCAUUUGAUGAGUGAUUAUUUGAAGAGUUACAGUGAUUAUUGUAACAAGUAUGAAUUGAUUUUCAAGAUGAUUGAAGAAAAACGUCAAAAAAAAUCAAAAUUUAGAAAAUUUUUGGAACGUACUGAAUUUACACCUGAUUCCUACAAUGACACGAUUGUAUCGUUCAUGAUCAAGCCUGUUCAACGUAUACCUCGAUAUGAAUUGUUAUUGAGAGAAUCUAUCAAAUCAACACCACAGGAUCAUCACGAUUAUGAACGUUUGAUUUUGGCAGCACAGAAAAUCAAUGCAGUAGCCUCACGUGUCAAUGAAAAGAUUCGAGAACAAUUGUGUCGAGAGAGAGCCAUUCAAUUGGCUGAACAAUUUGGAGAUUCAUUGCCAUUUGAAUUGGUCAAGUCGAGUCGAAAAUUCAUUCGACAUGCUCUCAUGGGAUAUGUGAGUGAUAGUCGAGGUAUUCAAUCACGUGUCUUGAUUUUGUAUAAUGAUUUGAUCUUGUUAUGUUCAUGUCCAUGGAAUGGAGUGUAUAAUAAUAAUAGUGGUGGUGGUAAUGGUAGUGGUAGUGGCAAUGGUAGUGGUAAUGGUAGUGGUAAUAAUAAUGAUCCAUCCUCUCAACAACAACAACCACAACAAACAGCACAUUCCGUAUCCAUGACUCAAUUGUUCAAUAAUGAAGUAUCAUCUUUGAGUGCUACCACCAAUUCCAUACCACCAACAACAACACUACCACCAACAACAACAACAACAACACCACAAACAACACGUCACACCACGACCACACCAUUACAACAACAACAACAACAAAUUCCAAUCAACACCAAUGAACCUCCUCCACCUGGUUCUAUGGAACACUACACACGUGAACGAUUACUUUUUGAAAAUCCCAAAGUCAAAUUCCAAAUGAGAUGUGCCAUUUCUCUUCUAUCCACACCUCUCACAUGGGCUGCAAGUGUUCCAGAUGGUUAUUGUAUUGAAAAUGCAUUUAAAAUCGUUACACGUGAAAAGACAUUUAUUCUCUUUACUGAAACAUCACGUCAGAGAGAUUAUUGGGUUCAACUCAUUAAUGAACAAGUGGAUAAAUUGAAAAAACAAAUACCAUCAUUGGUCGAUGAAAUCAAUGCAACAGAGAUCAUGCUGGUUGGUAGUCGAUAUUUCUAUUAUGCCACAGGUUCAGAGAAGGAAAAGAGAUCACUCUUAUUGAAUUCACAAUUAUUGAAUGAAGAUGAAAGAAGUCGAUUGGAACAUUCCAUCCAUGAAGAUACUCUCUCCAUGAUUGCUGAACAAACUCAGAAGGAUGAUGAUAAUCAUGGAAUGACCUACUACAUUGGUGGUGGUAUGAGUGGUGGUAUGGGUAGUGGUGGUGGUACUAUGGGUAUGGGUAGUGGUUCGAGUGGUGGUUCGAAUGGUGGUGGUACUAUGGGUAGUGGUGGUACUACUACUACUACUCCUCUCAAUAAUUCUCUUCCAAUGAAUAUAGGUCAUCUUCAAUUGGUACGAUGUUACGAUUCAGACUAUGUACACAGUGUGGUCAAUAAUGCAGCAGCAGCCAAUCGAGCAAGUGUGAUGCAGCUCCUUAAUGGCAACAACAAUUCAGAUGAUUUACUCUUUCUAGGAGGUAAUUCUACCUAUUUGGGAGUACAAGCCACGACGAGUAUUGGUCAUGCUGGUACGAGCAGUAAUACUACUACUACUAGUACUUCGAGCAAUACUUCGAGCACUCCAACGAGCACCAAUAAGAGAAUAUCAACGACACUCAAAUCACUCUUACAAUCUGCCAAACAAGAUCUCACUUCCUCUCAUUCUUCUUCACCCAAUCUCAAUGAUUUACUCAAUAGUAGUAGUGGCAUGACACGAUCCUCUCCAUUAUUAUUGGUCAAUAACAACACCUCUUCUCAUCAACAUUCAACAGGUAGUAUGUCACCCAUGGCACUCACUCCUACAUCACCUCAUUCAGCACCCACGUAUCAUCAUCAUUUGAGUGCGUCAUUGACUUCUUCUUCUUCGAGAUUGUCCUAUGGAGGUAGUGGUAGUGGUCAUACGAACAGCAGUCAUCCAUUUCGAGAUCGAUCCAAUAGUUUGUAUAGUACUAAAAUUGUGAUACCUCAGCAGCAGCAACUGCAACAACGACAAGUUGGUGGCAUGACAACAACAUCUUCCUCCUCUCAUCAACAUUCGAUGAGUGAAGAUUUGAAACAUUUCAAAAGUACAACAACAACACCAACAUCAAUCAGCAAUAACAACAAUCAUCACACACCUCCACUUUCCAAUGAACAAAUUCAAGAAUUAUUUCAGAAAAUUAAUUUACCUUCCAAUAUCAAUUCCAAUACUUAUUAUUCAACACCACCAUCACUAUUGAAUGAUUCACACGAUCCAAAUACACAUCAUGAUUCAACAAGAUCAUCCAUUUCAAAUACGAAUAGUAUGACGGAUGAAUCCUCAUCGUCGUCGACAUUGAGUGGUCAUUCCAAUAAUAAUAAUAAUAAUAAUAAUAAUGGAUUCUUUGCCAAGAAAGUAGCUACUAAAAUGAUGAGUAAAUUUAAAAAAUCAGGAAAUAAGAAGAAAAUUCAAGAUACAGAUCAAAUGAUUUAUUUGAGUGAUGGAGAGAAUGAAACAGAUGAACCAUUUGCACCUCAUUUACUUCCCUACAUGCAAGAUGUGACAAAAAGAAGAGUUGAUAAGCAACUAGUUGAUGAAUUUAUUAAAAUUAUGGAGAGACAACAAAAACAAUUUGAACCACUCAUGAAUGAAAUGUCACACGGAACGAAAUUGGAUCGAUUAAUUCAUCGAAGAACCAUUCAUCAUCAACAACAACAACAACAAAAAUUGAAUGAAGAUAUCCAUGUGGACGACAUGUCAACCAUGACCAAUUGGACUGCUGCAAUGGAUCAUCAUGGUGAUUCUAAUACUACUACUAGUAGUAGUAAUAGUGCUAGUGGUAAUGUAUCAUUAUCAUCCUCUACAGAAGAAUUAUUGGGUGCUCAUGGUGAUGGUCAUGGAGGAGCCAUUGAAUAUCAUCGACACAUGAUGUCAUCAUCAUCACCCUUUGUGAUCACACCUCAUCAGGUGGUAGAUUCAUCUCAUCAGGAUGGUGAUAAUGACUUGAGUGUUCUUCAUCAUCCUACGACAAGUUCCAUCUUACCUUCAUCAUCAUCUUCAACAACAACAACAACAACAACUCAUACUUCGACAAGUACCUCCAUGAUGAUGACCACGACCACUACCAGCAGUGGUGAACAACAACAACAAGAAGAACUGAUCUCAACAGCAACAACCACCACCACAAAUAAUAGUAACAACAACUACUACAACUACAACAACAACAUUGAUCCAAACCAUGGUAUCAUCGCCAUACCUUCCACUCCUCCACCACCACCACCACUCAAUUUGUCCAACCGAACUUCAUCUCAACAACAACUCUUCUCAACAUCACUCAUUGAUGGAGCGAUCAUUACUUUAAAUCCAUUCAAACCAACUCCACUCUACAAGGAUCAAGUACUUGAAGAGAUUUCACAUUCCAAAUAUUCAUGUGUGGUGAUGAAUCCGUUAUUUGGAUUAAAAGAUUUACCAACCACAAGACAAUAUCGAUUACAAAUUAUUGAUGAAUUGAAAGAUCAAGAAGCUACCACAGAAUUUGAGAGAUUUGUCAAGAACUUUGAAGAUAAGAUUGGAUUCUCUGUGAAUAGUGAUUUGGUUCCAUCAUCAAUGACCAUGACGACAUCGACCACAUGUCAUUCACCCAAUAUUGCCAAAACAAGUGCUUCAAGUGAGACAGCAGGUGGAGACAAGAAGAGAAGAAGUCUAUUCUUUUGGAAAUAA